AGGAUCAUUGAACCUUGAAGAGACAGCCGUCUCCUUUCAUAGAUUAUUAAGCAGAUUUGGGAUUUAGUGGUUUCCUCGGCUCUGUGAGACACACCAGGCUGGACACCUUCCAACUAUGGACAAGACUAUUUUAGUAUUCUUCAUUCUGCUGAGCACUGCAGCUGAAAGCAGCCUGGGAUGUAAUUGUGAGCAAUACGCAUGGAGUUCUUGGUCCAGGUGUUCAAAAACAUGCAAUUAUGGAAUCCAGAGUAGAGACAGGCAAAUAAUAUAUGAUACUUACUUUGUAAACAAUUUUUGUGGAAAACUUUGCACACUCUCAGAAUCUCGGGCAUGCAAUAAACAGGCAUGUCCUAUCAACUGCCAGCUUGGAGAUUUUGGUCCCUGGUCAAAAUGUGAUCCAUGUGUUAAAAAACAAUUUCGGAGCAGGUCUCUGCUACGCCCAUCUCAGUUUGGGGGACAGCCCUGUUCUGAGCAGUUGGUGGAUUCCCGAAGAUGCUUCCCAACUAAACUUUGUAACAUUGAAGAAGUUGAUUGCAGGAACAAAUUCCAAUGUGAAAAUGGUCGUUGUAUCGCCAACAAGUUGGAAUGCAAUGGAGAAAAUGACUGUGGGGACAACUCUGAUGAAAGGAACUGUAGACAGAAAAAGUCUGUGUGCAACAAGAUAUAUGGCAGCAUCCCUGGUGUGCAGUUAAUGGGCCAGGGAUUUAAUCUUUUGGCAGGGAAAAGCUGUGGCGAUAUCUUUGAUAAUACAUUCAAUGGAGGAAAAUGCAUAACAGUAAAGAACAAUGAGACAAGAAAAACAUUUCGUGUCCCUGCAAAUCUUGAGACUGUCAGCUUUCAGGUGGAAAAUCAAGAGGAUGAUUUGAAAACACAAUUUUAUAGUAAAUUAACUACCAUGGGACAACGUGAUUUUAAGUCUGGGAUACACUUAGGCUUCAGUGGCUCUUCUUCUGGGAUCCCCUAUCUUUGGGGUACAGAUACACACACAAGUUCCUCAUCAUCUGCUUCCUUCAAAGAAAUUAUUGAUGCCUCUCAUAAAAUGAAUUCCAACUUUGUUAGGAUCUAUAAAGUGAUUGCAGUUUCAAACUUCACUCUGAAAAAGAAUGAUUUGCUGCUUUCAGGCACAUUUCUACAAGCACUUAAUAACCUGCCCUUGGAGUACAACUAUGAGCUGUAUAGUAGAAUAUUUGAUGAUUUUGGAACUCAUUACUACACUACUGGUUCGGUGGGUGGCACAUAUGACCUUCUUUAUCAGUACAGUACAGAAGAAUUGAAAAAUUCAGGUCUAACAGAGAGCACAAUUAUAAAGUGUGUCAUGCAAGAAACAACACGCACCUACUUUUUCUUCCUGAAAUUCACCGAGUAUUUUAAUGAAUGCUCCAACAACAGAAUAACAGAACGCUAUGAAGGUUCAAUAUUGCAGUCAGCUGAACGCUCUUUUUCACUGGUGAAAGGUGGAAGGGCAGAGUAUGCUGGAGCUCUGGCCUGGGAGAAAAAAGGGGCUUUUCCAGGGCAAAAAGUAUUCACAGACUGGCUGGAAUCAACAAAGGAGAAUCCUGUUGUGGUUAGUUAUGAGCUUGCCCCAAUUCUGAACGUAGUGAAGAACUUUCCAUGUGCUGUGACUAAACGCCGCAACCUCUGGAGAGCCCUAAUUGAAUACAUGGACAGAUUUGACCCUUGUAAAUGUGCCCCCUGUCCCAAUAAUGGCAAACCUGUGUUAUCUGGAACAGAGUGUCUCUGUGUGUGUCAAGCUGGAACCUAUGGGGAUAACUGUGAGAAACGAGCACCAGAUUACACAUCAGUUGAAGUUGAUGGUUAUUGGAGCUGUUGGUCUUCAUGGAGCCCAUGUGAUGCUUCUUUUAAGAGAAGAAGAACCCGUGAGUGUAAUAACCCCUCACCACUGAAUGGUGGACAGCCAUGCAAGGGCGAAAGUGAGCAAGAAGAAGACUGUUAUGUCUCAUUGUUUGCUGACAAGGGAGCCCCAUGCAUAAAUGAUGAUGAAGAAAGGCGUGAGGUGGAUAUUUAUAUUGCUGAACCUGAAUCUGGAUGCCUUGCACCAGUCCCACCAGAAAAUGGCUUCAUCAGGAAUGAGAAAAGAGAUUACUUAGUUGGGGAAGAAGCUGAGGUUGCCUGCAUGACUGGAUAUGACCUUGUGGGAUACCAGUUCCUUAGGUGUUUACCAGAUAAAACCUGGAUACAAGAAAGCAUCGAGUGCCUGCCUGCAGUCUGCCUUAGACCAUUAACUUCUGAUAGCAUCUCAGUAGUCCCACUUAAAAAAGAGUACAAAAUGAAUGAAACCAUACAGUUAAGAUGUCCUCCUGGCUUCAUUGUUACUGGUCAAAAGCACUAUACUUGUGGGAAAGAGAUGUCCUGGAUACCUCCUCUGGAUACCUCCUCACUUACUUGUGAAAAAGAUGAGCAAACAAGGAUAAGAGGUCAUUGCAAGCUAGGAGAAAAACAAGUUGGAUCCCAAUGUGUUUGCACAUCUCCAGAUGAAGACUGUGGGCAUGACUCUGAAGAUAUCUGCCUACUAAAUGCAGAUACCAAACAGAACUUUACAGAGCCCAGCUGUGAGUAUUUAGCUGAAAGAUGCCAGGGUGAACAACAGUUCCAUUUCCUGCAUUUGGGCCCCUGCGAUGAUAGUAUUGACCUGAAGUGGGCCACAGAAAGGGUAAACCUUUCUAUCAGCAGCAUAAAGAAAGACCACUGUGGAUAUGACACAUGUUAUGACUGGGAAAUGUGUACAGAGUCACAGUGCCUCUGCCUCAUGCCAUACCAGUGUCCAAGGGAUGAGAACCAGCCUUAUUGUGUCCGAAUGGGAUCUACACGCAGAAAGAAGACGUCCAACCUCUGUAUACUGGGAGCAAUGUUGUGUGCUAAAAUGAAGAUAGAAAUAUUAUAUCCUGGGAAAUGUGUAGAUUAACAUGUU